AUGGCCGGAGCUCCACGAAAGAUCCAACUCGUACGUCUAGCACACGUGUACUACAUGUACAAGAACCUGGAGAAGGCGGUGGCCUUUCUGAACGACUUCGGCUUUACCGAGGUGAAGAGGACAUCCGACAACAACAUCGACAAGGUCUACUUCCGAGGAUACGGGAGCGAGCCUUGGCUCAUCUGCGCCAUCAAGGCGGGCGUUAACAGAUUCUGCGGCGCUGGGUUCGUAAUCGAGUCGGAGGAGGAUCUUCAGAUCGCUGCAGACACCCUCCCAAGGGCGUCCGGCAUCUAUGAGCUGGGGAAGGAUGUGCCGGGCGGCGGCAAAUGCGUGACAUUCCAUGAUCCCGUCGACGACUACCUAAUGCAUCUCGUCUAUGGCCAGGAGACCGUGGCCAUGCUGGACGUUCCUCUACCACAUGAGGCCGUCAACUAUCCUACCGAGAAGAACCGGCCCGUCAACAAGACCCAGCGCUUCAAGAAGCGGCCAGCUCCAGUCCACAAGCUGGGCCACUUUGGCGUGCGGACGACGAACUUUGCGAAGGCGCAUGAGUUCUACUCCUCCCACUUCAACUUCUUGGCAAGUGAUCUCAUCCACGAUGCCGAGGGAGUCGACCGAACGGUAUUCUACCGACUGGAUCGAGGAGAGGACGAAGUCGACCACCACGUGUUCUUCUUUGCCGAGGGACCCUCUUACAUGAUCCAUCACUCCUCCUUUGAGACGCACGACUUCGAUACCCAAGUCCUUGGCCACGACUGGCUUCGAGAGAAGGGGUACAAGAACUGCUGGGGUGUUGGUAGACACGUUGUCGGCAGCCAAAUCUUCGAUUACUGGUACGAUCCGUGCGGCUUCAUCAUGGAGCACUAUGUCGACGGAGAUCUGGUCGAUGCCACUGAGCCAACACAUCGCUCGGAAGCUAGCGCUGACAGUCUGCACGUCUGGGGUCCUGACGUUCCGGGCGACUUCUUACCUGCGAAGUACUGA